UGGCCACCAAUAUAAAAGUACAUAUUUUUUUUAGCAUUUCGGAAAUGAAUAUCCCGAAAGAGGACGAAAUUAGGGUUUAUGUCCUGAAUUUCACAUGGUCUGUCUCCACCUUCGUCUCGCCUCACCUAUGAAUAUGUCUGUUUUCAAUCUCGCCUUCGCCCUCCCUACCCCAUAUUCCCGAAUCUUUGACAUACACGCCGAUUCCAAAAUGGCUACAGGAAAUGUAUAUCAUAAAUUGACAGGCGGCCAUUUUUUCUCGUUGUUUCGUGGAAGAAAACGAAGACCGCGAACACAACGCGAUGCCGUCAGGCUCUAUGAAACAGCCGCCGGAGAAAGAUUCUCUAAAAUAAUCCAGAACAAGACGAAUAAGGAAAUCGGAAGUUUUGAGUUGGGGAAUGAAGGAGCGAUGAUUGUGAAGAAACCUAGAUUGCUUUGUCUUCAUGGAUUCAGGACGAGCGGCGAAAUCAUGAAGAAGCAGAUUCAGAAGUGGCCUGAAUCUGUUCUUGAUAGGCUCGAUCUCGUCUUCCUCGACGCGCCUUUUCCUUCUCAGGGCAAAUCCGUUGUCGAAGCGAUCUUCGAUCCGCCUUAUUACGAGUGGUUUCAAACCAAUAAGGAAUUUAACGAGUACACAAAUUUUGAAAAGUGCUUGGAGUAUAUUGAGGAUUACAUAAUCAAGCAUGGACCCUUUGACGGUUUCGCGGGGUUUUCUCAGGGUGCGAUCCUAUCCGGUGGAUUGCCAGGACUUCAAGCUGCGGGAAUAGCUCUUCGGAAAGUUCCAAAGAUCAAGUUUCUGAUAAUAAUUGGCGGCGGAAAGUUCAAAUCUCCGUCGGUGGCCGAGAAGGCGUAUUCGUCUCUCAUUGAAAUUCCUUCUCUCCACUUCUUAGGGGAGAAGGAUUUCUUGAAACCGUAUGGAAUCGAGCUUAUAGAAUCGUUCAAAGAUCCGGUCGUGGUUCAUCACCCUAAGGGUCACGCAGUCCCUAGGCUUGCUGAUGAGAAAAGCUUGGAGAGCGUUCUGGGAUUCGUCGAGAAGAUGGAAAAUAUUCUGACGGAGGAAGACAGGAAUGACAAAUGAGUAGUUGUGCGGUUACAGAAAUUGCGUUUGCGUUUGCUUUCCAAUGCAAACGCAAACGCGGAGAUGAGAUAUUGUGGGUGGCUUCGGAGACGAAGCUUCGAAAACCUAAGAAAAAAUGUUUAUUUUUUUAUAUACAGAGAUUCAGAGACAUAUAAAUAUACCAAGGUUCUCGAGAUAAAUAAUCAAUAUAUAUACAAUGGUUCGGUAGACUUUAUCGAUGGAAAUUCCUUACAA